AUGAAGUGCUGUAAAGAUCUUCAGCUAGCACUUUCUUCAAAUGACGGUUUAAAUUCUGAUAUAAAUUCUGUCGAACUUUGUGAAGAAAUAAAUACAUUACAAAAACAUUUGAAAAAUGAAAAUGAUCCAAAAGCAAUUUUACAAUUUAUAUGUGAAAACAAAUUAAUAGAAUUAUUUCCUAAUGUAUACGUAGCUCUAAGAAUUUUAUUAACAUUACCAGUAACUGCAGCUUCAGCUGAAAGAAGCUUUUCAAAAUUAAAAAUUGUAAAGAACUACUUAAGAUAA